GGGACAGGCUGCUCAUCUAGUGCUGUGGUUCUUCUGGUGUCAGCAAGCAGAGAAUGCCACACGAGAGUGACGUCCAUCUAGCACCCAGUGCAGCAUGGGCCCCCCCUCUAGCUUCACAUGGAGUAGGGGUGUGGCAGAGGGUGUGUUGUCACUCAGCCACUGAGAGGUCCUGGGUACAUGAAAACAAGGAAGUGUCUACCUACGUGAGGCAUGACUUUGUCACCCCACAGGCAGCAGAGAUGCACCUGGAGAUGAAAUAACGUCCAGCUGGCCCUGAGCAGAAUUUCCAGGCCGCCUCUGCACUGGCUCGGGGGCCAUUGCGUGUUCUGGUCCUUCUGGAAGACCUUGGCUUGAAGGGACAGGGAAGAAAUGGACACCAAGAAGAAGCUCACAAAAGGUUUGUCUUCUAAUGAGACUGACUGGUGCCAAGAGAAAAAGCAGAAAGUACAAAUACUGGAGCCAAUUACGAUCCAGGAUGUCACUGUGCUUUUCUCGGAGGCAGAAUGGGAGACACUGAGCGCUGAGCAGAAGACCCUGUAUGGAGACGUGAUGCUGGAGAUUUAUAGGAAUCUACUAUCUUUGGAACCAAAGUCACAAAUCUAUUCCUGUUUCUCCUGCCUCCUGGAUUUUCCUUGUCAACAAUUCCUCUGGCAGCAUGUGCUUCAGAUCUUCCCGGACUUGUAUACAGAGACUCACUUCCAUCCAGGAGAGUCCAGCCCAGAGCAACCAGAGCAUCAGGAUUCUGAUCAGAACUGCACGAGUGAAAACACAGAAGGGCAGGAGAGAGAAGUCUCCAAACCCUUGUGUGGGAGCACAGGGGAGAGGGAGACCUCAUGGGCUUUAUUCAGCCCAGCCUGGGGUGGGUCAGCAAGCCGCAGGGAAGGCAACACAGUGAUGGCAGUGGAGGCCAACUCAGCCCCAAGUGAAAAAAAAUGUGGGGAAACAGACAAGGGUUUGAAGAGAUUAGAAACCUCAAGGUUUGGAGUAAUUACUUGUAGAGAGGAUGAACCAGACUGCAGUCUGAAAUUAGACUUUACAAACCAGAUGGCCCCUUCUCAGGAGAAGUCACAUUUAUAUAGUGAGUGCUACCAAGGCCUUACACAGGAAUCCUUUUUCCUUAAUCAACAGAGGACUCACUCAGCAGAGAAACCUUACAUGUGUGAGAUAUGUGGGCGAGGCUUUAGCCCAAAGUCGACUCUCAUUGCACACCAGAGGAUACAUUCGGGAGAGAAACCAUAUGUGUGUAAGGAGUGUGGGCGAGCCUUUAGCUGGAAGUCAGAUCUCAUCAAACACCAAAGGAUACAUUCGGGGGAGAAACCACAUGUGUGCAAUGUGUGUUGGCGAGCCUUUAGGCUAAAAUCAACUCUCAUCAUACACCGGAGGACACAUUCAGGGGAGAAGCCACAUCUGUGCAAGGAGUGUGGGCGUGCCUUUAGCCAACAGUCCCAUCUCAAAAAACAUCAGACAAUACACUCUGGGGAAAAACCACAUGUGUGUAAGGAAUGUGGGCGAGGUUUUAGAGACAAGUCAACUCUCAUCACACACCAGAGAACCCACACAGGUGAAAAACCUUAUAUAUGUCAGGAAUGUGGGCGAGGCUUUAGUGACAAGUCAAUUCUCAUCGCACAUCAGAGGACACAUUCAAGCGAGAAACCUUACAUGUGUAAGGAAUGUGGGGGAGGCUUUAGCAGAAAGGGACAUCUGAAUAAGCACCAGAGGAUACACUCAGGGGAGAGACCCCAUGUGUGUAAUGAGUGUGGGCGAGCCUUUCCCUGGAAGUCAGAUCUCAAUAAACACCAGAGGAUACACUCUGGGGAGAAGCCACAUGUGUGCAUGGAGUGUGGACGAGGCUUCAGCCGAAAGUCCACUCUCAUCAGACACCAGAGGACACACACUGGUGAGAGACCUUAUGUAUGUAAGGAAUGUGGGCGAGGCUUUGGCCAAAAGUCAACUCUCAUCACACACCAAAUGACACACUCAGGGGAGAAACCUUACAUGUGUGAAGAGUGUGGUUCAGGCUUUUCCUGCAAAGCAAAUGUCAUCACACACCAGAGGAUACACUCUGGGGAGAAGCCACAUGUGUGCAAUGAGUGUGGACGAGGCUUCAGCCGAAAGUCCACUCUCAUCAGACACCAGAGGACACACACUGGUGAGAGACCUUAUGUAUGUAAAGACUGUGGGCGAGGCUUUAGCCAAAAGUCACCUCUCAUCACACAUCAGAUGACACACUUGAGAGAAACCUUACAUGUGUAAGGAGUGUGUGUCAGGCUUUUCCUGCAAAUCCUUUUUUUACUUAGUCGUUGUAAUACAUAUAUCUUUCUGUAUUUCAGUCACAGAGUACAAUAUACAAUUGCU